AAAUUUGAUAAAGAACAUGCUGAUUUCUCAGAUAGUAAGUGCACAUAUAUUUGGCUAGUUACAAUCAGUUAUAUUUUCGAUCUUUACUGAAUAGAGUGCCAACCAAGUCGUUUUCGAAGAAAAACGAACAAUUUUACAAAAUUAUAAAAUGGCUUUUAGUGUUCAGACAAUUAUUAUUUUAUUCAAUGCACUUAUUAUCAACAAUAGUUUUGUUGAAUCAAUAACUUUUUUUAAACGCAAGGAUUUUCUUGUUCCUGGUCAAGCCGACACUUUCAAGGAUUCUAUAUACGAAAUGGCGGACCGAAUGGCAUCAAGAGAAAAUGACGCAAGCAUCGGACAAUUUCCAUGGAUGGUAGCAAUCCAUGCAUCCAUAAUCAACAAUAAUGAUGAGUAUUCCCACUGUGGUGGGUCAAUAAUCUCAAAUCGUUGGGUACUGACCGCUGCACACUGCGUGAAGCAAUCUGAACAAAUAUUGAUAAUGUUCGGCGAUGUAAACAAUGACCAUGCUGACUCUCGUUUCUAUCAGGGGCCAGGGUUUGCUAUGAUAGCAUCCAACAUUUUUUCUCACCCGUAUUGGGACGAACACCACGAAAAUGACAUUGCGUUGAUCUACAUGCCCGAGGAAAUUCCUUUCGGACCCACGGUCAAGCCGAUAAGACUUUCCAGCCACAUGGAUACCGACGAAUCCUACGAUGGAAAGAAAGCCUUAAUCAUGGGUUGGGGAGACAACGGUACGGGAAGAGGAAGCAGCAUUCUUCAAUAUGGGUCUUUGCCAAUCAUCCCGAAUAAUAAAUGUUACGAAGACGGAUACAUCGACCCAGAUUUACUGUGUACGGCAAGCGACACUGGAGCUGAAGCAUGUCAAGGUGACAGUGGCAGUCCACUAAUCGUUUACAAUCACUACUACCGUCAAUUCAUCCAAGUUGGUAUUUUCAGUACUGGAUUGGACAAUGAUUGUCCAAGUGCGUAUCCUGGGUGGUACACGCGCGUUGACUCCCACUAUCUUUGGAUUCAAAGUAUCACUGGGAUACUAUUUUGAUUUUGACAUUUCUAAAAUUUGACUGAUGUUUUUUCGACAUUUACAGAUUUCAAGACUGAAGAUUUUUUUUGAAAUUAACCUUGAGAGUUAUUAGUCGUUAAUGACUUGAGUAAUGUAAAUACUCAAGAGUAACU